AUGCGUAUACUGCAAGACACGGCGCCCGAGGAGGCGUCAUCGCCUCCUCCACCGCAUCCCUCCCCGCCCCCGCCGUUGAGAAGAAGCCCCCCGCCUAAGCCUAGAGCGCCGCCGCCGCCGCAGAUGCUGACGCCUGGCGAGUUAGACGAGGGGUGGAGCGGGGCGCUCGCGGAUGCGUUUACGUGGCCGCCGCCGAGUAAAAAGCAUCGAGAGGACGUCAUUAUAGGGUCGACGGUAGGGGUAGGUUUGGCAAUUCUCCUCGUCUUGAUCUUCUGCUUAUGUUGCUGUCGAAAGAAGAAACGCAAGGAUUACGAUGAUCGUGAAAGUUAUUAUGAUCGAGAAAAGCCUCGUCGCGAUUCAGGUGGACACUACUACAACAGCACACAUGGGAACAGGCAGAACAAAGGCAGCUACACCUCCAAGCACAGCUCAGAGCAGUGGGUCCCGGCUCCGCCCCCGCCUCCGCCCAAUUUGAACUCGGGCAUAUUCUCAAGGGGGUCGACGAUGCCCCCUCCGCACCCAUCAACGGUGUGGAGCAGCGUGCCCAACAAGAGCACGUUCUCGUACAACGACCUGGCGGCCGCAACGGACGGGUUCGCGGAGGCAAACCUCCUUGGGCAGGGGGGGUUCGGGUACGUGCACAAGGGGGUCCUCCCGAAUGGGAAGGAAGUGGCGGUGAAGAGCCUGAAGUCGAACAGCGGGCAGGGGGAGCGCGAGUUCCAAGCGGAGGUCGAGAUCAUCAGCCGCGUCCAUCACCGCCAUCUUGUCUCGUUGGUUGGCUACUGCAUCUCCGGAUCGCAGCGGAUGUUGGUUUAUGAGUUCGUUGCUAACUCCACUCUCGAGGAUCACCUUCAUGAACCUGACCGACCGACUAUGGAAUUCUCAACCAGGCUCAAAAUUGCUUUGGGCUCUGCCAAAGGCUUUUCUUAUCUUCACGAAGAUUGUCAUCCUCGUAUUAUCCAUAGAGAUAUUAAAGCUGCAAAUAUUUUGCUUGAUGACAAUUUUGAAGCCAAGGUAGCUGAUUUUGGAUUAGCUAAGCUUUCAUCCGACAACAAUACUCAUGUUUCAACUCGUAUAAUGGGAACUUGUGGAUAUUUGGCGCCCGAGUAUGCUUCAACCGGGAAGCUAACUGAGAAAUCCGACGUGUACUCAUUCGGGAUCGUGCUUCUAGAACUCAUAACUGGCCGUCGCCCGAUCAAUGACACUAAGGAUGAUGAAGAAGAUGAUCACAUAGUUGAUUGGGCUAGGCCAAUUUUGAUGAAUGUGGUGGGAGAAGGAGCAAGCUACGAAGAGUUGGUGGAUCCAAAGCUAGAAAACGACUAUGAGCAUGGUGCGAUGCUUCGUAUGGUAACUGCCGCUGCCGCCUGCGUCCGACAAUCUGCAAGAAAACGUCCUAAAAUGAGCCAGGUUGUUCGGGCUCUGGAAGGCGACGUGUCGUUGGACGAUUUGCAUGAAGUGAUAUUGAAGGGUUCAUUGUCGGCUAGCAGCUCCGACUAUGACUUGCAAAGACAUCUAAGGCCCGGCCACGGGGUUUCUAACCAAAGCUUCACUAGCGACGUAAGUGACCACGCCCAGUCUAGUUCCAACGAAGAGAGACGACCCAGCCCGAUGUUCCGCUACGGCUCGUGAUUUUUUGUAAAUGGAAAUACCGUCAACUUUUUUGCAAUUCAUUUCCCAUGCGAAUAAAAGUUAGUCGGAAACUGCAAAUGCUAGUUUUGUGGUUUCUAAUGUUUAGGCUUUUUGAGUAUGUGUUUUAGUUUUUUUUUUCUUUAAUGAAGAAUGCAUGCUUUUAUUAUUUGAUAAUUCUCAUAGUUAGGUUGGUAGCAUCUGUUAGAGUUUAGUAUAUUGGAAAAACAUCUUUCAUAUUUCAUAUGCAUGUAUAUCAGUAUAUGUAAUACUCCCUCCGUCCCAGAAAAUUUGUCAUCU